AUGCCGAUCAAGACACGGCAGGAGCAGUACGAAGGUCGGGAGCUGCGCAAUACGGUAAUCGCCCACGAGCGUCACGAGGUCUUCGUAGAGGUCCAAGGUGCCAUUACUAAUGGCACCAAUGGCCCAUUAGAGCACUCGGACGGCUCCGUCUGCUCCAACUGCCCCGAAUCGGACGAGUACGUGGAAGCAUUCGACGUUGUGCAGUGGCAAGUCGUGGCGUCUGCAACAAAUGUUAGCCGCGAGCACUGGAAUGGUCUGAUGAAGUAUGCUAGCCCAUUGAUGAGCAGCUACCGGUGCCGCGGUAUUGAGGAGCUCAGCGCUUCGUCUUCUCCCCCUUUGUCUGCGAUUGCCGAUGUGUGCCGUGUCGUCACUUUCAACGGCGUCGUGGGGGACAUCCAGACCAAGGUGUCUCCUGCUGACAGCGUCAAGCGUGCCGCCGCGUUUGGGUAG